AUGGCCGUCGCAGCACAGCGCCCAAUCGAGCUCAUGGGCGUCGACGAUGCCGUGCGCGCCUAUCCGCGCGACGUCAAGCGUCCCAAGCUGCGCGUGGCGAUUGUCACCGAAAACUUCCUGCCCAAGGUAGACGGCGUGACGCGCACGCUCGCGCGUCUGCUUGAGCAUCUCAACAACGAGGGCCACGAGGCCAUGGUGCUCGGACCCGAGACGGGCAUCCGUCAAUACGCCGGGCACCCCGUCGUGGGCACGUUUGGCGUGCCGCUCGUCGUCUAUCCGGGCCUCAAGCUCAACUUUAUGCGCCCGCGCUUUGUUCGCAGGCUGCAGCAGUUCCAGCCGGACGUGAUCCACUUUGUCGAUCCGAUCUGGCUCGGCGCGCAGAUGCUGCCGGCCGUGCACAAGUGGCUGCCCGAGGUGCCGUGCGUGUCGUCGUACCACACCAACCUCCCCACGUACGCCACGCUGUUCGGCAUGCCCUGGCUGGAAAAGACCAUGUGGCGCCUCACGCGCAACCUCCACGACCGCUGCGAGAUCGUCUUCUGCCCCUCGGAAAGCACCCGCCGCAUGCUCCAGGACAAAGGGUUUGGCAAUGUCGAGAUCUGGUCGCGCGGCGUGGAUACCGAGCUGUUCGGCCCGCAUGCGCGCGAUGAGAACCUGCGCGAGAGCUGGGGCUGCACGCCCAAGCCCGCCAACCUCAGGCUGCCGCUCUCGCCCUCGGUCGCGGCAGCGGAUGCGGCGGCGCACUUUGGAUGCGAACAUGCUGCGCUCUCGCACCUCGCCGGAAAGCUGGGCGUGUCGAUCGUCCAUCCCAAAGGGCGCUCGGGGAGCGAGGACGAGAGCUUUAUCCGUACGCCGCCCACCGCAGCCGCCUCGCCCGAGGUCUCCUUCUCGCCGCCGCCGGCGUACGACAGUCUGAGCGGUGUCCCCGAUCUGCCCGCGGGCGGGUUCCUUCUUCCGCCACCUGCGCUUCCCGCCGGUGCGGCUGCGGCGAUCCCGGCUGCGCUGCGCGUCGAGGCGGACGCGGGCGAGAGCAAGAGCGUGGUGCUGUACGUGGGGCGCAUUUCGUGGGAGAAGAACCUGCGUCUACUCAUCGAGGCGUUCAAGCUGCUCCCCACCUCGGUGCGUGCCAGGGCCAAGCUCGUCUUUGUCGGCGACGGACCCGCGCGUGCCGAGCUCACACGGCUGUGCAACCGCCUCGAACUCGACGCGGCCUUCAUGGGCCAUCAGAAGGGAUCGCGGCUCGCAGCGAUGUAUGCGUCUGCUAGCAUCUUUGCCUUCCCGUCGUUUACAGAGACGUUUGGACAAGUGGUGCUCGAGGCGCUCGCUUCGGGUCUGCCCGUCGUCGGCCUGCAUGCCGAAGGUACCUCGGACCUUGUCUCGCAUGGACGAACGGGCCUGCUUCUCGACGUCAAUGCAGUCGCCAAAGCAAGCACGACCUCGGCGGGUCGACCGAUUGCUGCGGUGCGAUCGAACAGUGCAUCUGCACUGGGGGAGUUUGCUACGGCCGCAUCGUCGGCAGCGAUGAAGCUGCCCAGUUCGCCAUCCUCAUCCGCGCGUGGAGGCAAGGUGGAAGUGGGACUGGCCAGUGCGAUUCCCUCCACGCUCGAGUUCAAGGCGAGCAUGACGCCCAAUACGCCGUGGUUCCACCAGUGCGCCAAGAGCUACUCGAUGCUGCUGGAGCGGCUGAUUCUGGACCGCGAGACGCGCGCGCGCAUGGGCCAACGCGCCGUCCUCGCUGCUUCCCGCAAGACUUGGUGGGACGCAAUGGACGCCCCCGUGCGCGGCUACGAGCGUGCGAUUCAGAACAGCGGCAGAAACAACCUCUCGGACGACGAACUCGAAGCUUGGAGACAGAAACAGAGAUCCAACGCUCCUCUUACUGGCCCAAGGGUCAAACUCGCUAUCGCCCUUUAUGUUGCUCUGUUUGCUUGGCUCGUCUGGCUCCGAUUCCCUUAA